UCCAAACCUCAGCUGUUAGUUAACUUUUGAUCGCUAUAGCUACACUCCAAGCUCCUCGUCUCCAUCUUCGAACACUUUUCUUUCAUACCUUCACUCAAAGAGUCCCACAUCUGACUUUCAUUUCUCUCAAUUCUCACUAUAUAUUGAAGCAAUAGUCUCCAUCCCGAAUCUCUCUCCCGUACAUUUCUCUCUUCAAUGGCGACGAUAACUGACUCCAUCGUUCUCUAUUCUUCGGCUCAAAAUUCAUAUCUCCGGCCGGUGAUAUCGUCAAGGCCGGCUCUUUCCAUCUCUGUUCGCCGAAGACUGGGUGCGUUGCCGGAAUUCAGGGGCUUGAGGGUUCACUUGCUUCCCAAACCGUCGCCCGCGCCCUCCAAUUUUCCAAAAGCCAGGCCUUUUCCAUCAACUGCCGGCAUUGUCUCUCAAGCUCAGGAUACCACUCUCGAUGUUCCCACAGUUACGGAUAGAACAUGGAACUCACUGGUCCUCAAAGCUGAUGGCCCUGUAUUGGUUGAGUUUUGGGCUCCAUGGUGUGGGCCUUGCCGCACGAUCCAUCCAGUAGUAGGUGAACUAGCAAAGGAGUAUGCUGGGAAGCUUAAGUGCUUUAAGUUAAGCACGGAUGAUACUCCUUCAAUUGCAACCCAAUAUGGAAUUCGAAGUGUCCCAACCAUCAUGAUUUUCAUCAAUGGUGAGAAAAAGGACGCAAUAAUUGGUGCUGUGCCUAAAACCACAUUGACUGCUACCAUUGAGAAAUUUUUGUAGGUGGGUAUGGAAAUCUUUUGCAAAAUUUCUGUUUGUAUUUUUCUUUUCUUUCAUGUUCUCUUUGCUGUUAGGGUAAUAAAUUCAUCAGUCUAUCAAACUUGGAAGCAUCUUUUAUCUUGUCUUUUGAUGGUCAUCUAUGUUGAUUUUCUACACGAACGCGUCUCGACUUCUCCAAUAAUAUUGGCCUUGCUGAAAAUUUCUUGCCCCAAGGAAGUACUAGAGGGUCAACUUCGCAACUUUGAAAAGCUUCUACAUAAGACCCUACAAUGACCUCUUGCCUUCCUACCCACUCACAUUUUUUCAUAUUUUCUACUAUUCUAGAACUUUUGAACUUGACUAGGCCUUCAUGUUGAUUUGAUGUUGUUGGAUCUUACUGGAAAAUAUGUUGUUACUUUCUUUUGAA